AUGACUUCCCUCCUUAAGCCUCCUACCCACUACCGCCCUUCUUCUCCAGCAUCUACAGCUUCACAAGCUAGGCGAUCUUCAGUUACCAGCAGCAUGGGCUCAGAAUCUCCACCAGCCGGCUUCUUCUCGACCUUUUCCGUGGUUGACCCCAACGGAAAUAAUGGAUUCGAGAACGGCGUUGGAGUUGGGGGUACAACGCGAGCUCAGAAACGGAACAGACGCGUCUUUGUGUGUAUUCCAUGCCACAAGAGAAAGUUAAAGUGCGAUAAGAAUCUGCCAUGUGGCAGCCCAUAUGCAGGAUGCAGGCAGGAACCGACGAUCGAACGGCGAAGCUCGUCGCGUGCCUCAUCUCGGACCGGGACCAAGGACCACCAGCCUCGAUAUGCAUAUCGUUCAAGCGAUGGGAAGUGCCGAGCCACGGGCAUCUCACACUGGACUGUGGUAGCUAGCGAGUUUGAAGAAGCCUGUCCGUAUUUGUUUGGCACUGAUGUUCAGUGGCAACCACGGUAUCGACAACUCAAAAACCUCAAGUACUUCUUCACCUCGCUAUCAGGGGCCAGUUUUCCAUUUGGCAACAGCAGUUCCUAUACUCCAAGCAAGAACGAGAUUCUAAACAGCCUUCCGCCGCGGAACGUUGUCGAUGCGCUACUGGGAAACUAUUUUAUGACGUUUGAGUCGACACAUCGCCUGCUACAUCCGGCACAGUUCCAGGAGGAGGUUGAGGCAUUCUGGGCGGACCGGGAGAACACCAACGACAUAUUCCUGGCACAGCUUUGCGUGAUGCUCACACUUGGCUGCCAAUCAGCCCCAGAAACACUCUUUGAGGGCACCGGGCGUAUAGCUUCACAAUGGACCGAGCUUCUCCUGGACGGAGCCCAAGUCUCGCUCGGUCGAUCCCCCUACAUGCUCAUACCGAGCCUGGCCGCGGUUCGAACCCUCUGCAUGAUGACCCUGUGCAAGACGAUUGGGCUUAGGGGCACAAGCUCCUGGCAGGUUUCGACCAUGAUGGGGCUCGUCGUGAGGAUGGCCACGUCCUUGCAGCUUCACCGGUCUGCAGCAAUCUUCCCCGGAAUGCUCGAGUUUGAAGCCGAAUGCAGGAGGCGAGUCUGGGCAACCGUCCAACUGCUGGACUUGGACGUGGCCAUGUGGGCCGGCACCAUACCGAUUGCCCGCGACCAUGAUAACGAGCCGCCUUUAAGCAUCAACGAUUCGGACAUUUAUCAGGACCCUGUAUCGCUUGGAGAUGGGCAGGGGUCAGGGUCUCCCGGCUGGGUUAUCGAAAACUUGUGGCCUGCCAGCGAGUACACGGAUGGUGCUUUCCAAUCAAAGCUGGCCGAGGUGGUUCCGCUGCUCUCCGAGGUCAUAGCUACCGUCAACUCGAUCUCGGCCACAAGCCCGAAGCACGGUGGCGUACCCGGUGGCUUUGAGCAUGAGAAAGUCAUGAGGCUGGACAAGCGCAUCAGGUCACGUCUCAAGGAGGUCGAGGCACUCCUUGCAUCUGGCCGAGGGAUGACUCGAUCAGAUCGGCAAGGCGUGCUGGGAGGUCAACUGCAGUUUGUACGGGUCCUGGCCCAUAGGACCUUGCUAGCGCUGCACCACACCUUUGCAAGAGACUCCACAGCACAUACGUCCCGGCAUGAACAGUCGCUCCGUGCAACUCUCGAGUCCUCGCUGGCCCUACUCGACAUCCAGCAGCACGUCGCGGCCGACACGUCACUCGCCACUCUAGCCGUCGCCACGAUAUUGCUGGAUCCGUCCAGUGCCGCGCGUGGACGAUCCAGGUCGACAUGCUCAUCGCCUGGUCUCUCACCGCCCAUCCUGUUCUCGGCCGGCGUUCCGAUCCACGCCGGCGGAGACUCGCGCAGGUGGCUGCUCGACCUCUGCAGGGACGACUUUAGCAUCGCGGCCGCCUACGUGAUUCUAGCCUUGCGCCGGGGCGAUUUUACCGACAGCGACGGCGCAGCGUCCCCGGACGCGGCGGCCGCCGUACUCAGGCAGUCGCUGGCGUUGGCGCGGACGAGGGCCUGCCGCACCCUCCUCCACUUCAAGGAAUUUACGGGCCUCAGCAUCCUCGCCGGCUGCUUGAGCUACGUCAAGACGGACCCGCAGUGGUUUGAUGUGGGCGCCUGCGGCCAAGGUGCGGGCCUGCUGGCCGUCAUGAUGCAGGUGGCGCAGGACCUCGAGGACGUCAUCGUCGCGGGCAAGUCCGAGGCCAUUUGGUCGUCGGCCGCUGCUGUGGAUGCCACCUCAGCCAUGCAGAUGGGGUCAGCCUUGUUGCAUCAACAGCAGAUGCAGCAGCAGCAGAUGCAGCAGCAGCAGCAGCAGCAACAGAUUGGCCAUAUUCUGGCGCAAACUACGCAGCCGCCCAUGAUUUCGCACCAUUCACACCACGUUGCGCACACAUCUGCUCCUCAUCAGGAUCCGUUUAGUGCCAUGAUGGGGAUUGGGUUUAUGGGGUCGUUUCCGUAG